AUGUCUACCACUGAUAUUACCUCCGAUCUCCGGGAUCCUGUGGAUGCCGCCACUUAUCUCUUUACCCGUCUCAAGCAAAUGGGCAUUGAUUCCGUCCAUGGAGUUCCUGGUGAUUUCAACCUAGUCGCCCUUGACUAUCUCGAAGGUUGCGGACUCAAAUGGGUUGGCAAUUGUAACGAGCUCAAUGCAGGCUAUGCUGCGGAUGGAUAUGCUCGGAUCAAGGGCAUAUCGGCUGUCAUCACCACUUUUGGUGUUGGGGAGUUGUCGCUUCCUAAUGCAAUCGCAGGAUCUUUCGCAGAAUAUGUCCCGGUUGUUCACAUUGUCGGCACUCCAAGCACCCUGUCGCAGGCGAAUGGAAUGCUCCUGCACCAUACACUUGGCAACGGCAACUUUAAUGUGUUUGCAGACAUGGCAGCGAACAUCGCGGUCGACGUGGCUAAACUGAAGGAUCCUAGAGACAUUCCGUCUCAGAUCGAUCAUGCAUUGGCUGAAUGCUACCUCCAAAGUAGGCCGGUCUACAUCACCCUUCCAACUGACAUGGUAAAGAAGAAGGUCGAGGGAGAGCGGCUCAAGACCAAAAUCGACCUCAGCCCUCACAAAAACGACCCAGAGAGGGAAGAUUAUGUCGUCGACGUCGUUUUAAAGUAUCUCACGGCAGCCAAAAACCCAGUCAUCCUGGUCGACAGCUGCGCCAUUCGGCACCGCGUUCUGCCCGAGACCCACGAAUUGAUUGAAAAGUCUGGUCUGCCAGUCUUUGUGGCCCCUAUGGGAAAAGGUGCUGUCGAUGAGACUUUGCCUAACUUUGGUGGAAUAUAUGCAGGAGACGGCUCCAAUCCGGGCGUUCGCGAACGUGUUGAAGGUGCUGAUCUGGUCCUGACCAUAGGCCAGGUCAAGUCCGAUUUCAACACAGCUGGAUUCUCCAUCAGAACAUCACAACUGCAGACAAUCGACUUCCACAGCACAUAUACACGGGUUCGCUUCUCCGAAUACCCAGGCGUGGGCAUGAAGGGUGUCCUGCGCAAAGUCAUCGAUAACCUGCCGAAACUUAACGUACAGCCAGGGCCGGACGCGCCUGAAAACAAGAUACCCGCCAGUGAGGAUUCGAGCGACCCGACCAUCACACAUAGAUGGUUCUGGCCCAAAAUGGGUCAAUGGCUCCAAGAAGGCGACAUUGUUCUCACAGAAACUGGAACCUCAAGCUAUGGUAUCUUCGAUACUCGCUUUCCCAAGGACGUCACGAAUAUCAGCCAAGUUUUGUGGGGAAGCAUCGGUUAUGCUACUGGUUCAUGUCAAGGCGUAGCACUCGCAGCAAAGGAAACUGGAGGCAAGCGUCGCACCAUCCUCUUCACAGGCGACGGUUCCUUCCAACUCACAGCUCAGGAGCUAAGCACGAUGAUUCGGCACCAGCUCAAUCCGAUCCUCUUCAUCGUCUGCAAUGAUGGCUAUACCAUUGAACGGUUCAUCCACGGUAUGAAAGCGGGAUACAACGACAUUCAGAACUGGAAUUACCAAGCCCUGCCCGCCGCAUUCGGUGCAAAGGAAGGCACAUAUAAGACGUAUCAAGUGAAGACGAAGCAGGAGGUGUCUGCCUUGUUCGAAGACAAGAACUUUUCCAGCGCACCUUACCUGCAGCUGGUUGAGCUUCAUAUGCCCAAAGAAGAUAGUCCUGAUGCACUGAAGCUGACCGCAGAAGCCAGUGCCCGGAACAAUGCCAAGGCUUGA